CCCCAGGUUUCCAAGGAGGAAGGCUCAGCUCUGGCCCGGGAGUUCAGCUGCCCGUUUUUCGAGACGUCGGCCGCGUUCCGCUAUUUCAUCGACGACGUUUUCCACGCGCUGGUGCGCGAAAUCCGCCGCAAGGAGCGCGAGGCUCUGACRGCCCUGGAGAGGAAAUCCAAACCCAAAAGCAGCGUCUGGAAAAGGCUCAAAUCUCCUUUCCGCAGGAAGAAAGAUUCCGUCACCUGAGGGGUGGAGUUUAUUCCUCCCGACGGGACAGAAUUGGGGAUUUUUACACCCAAAAAGGGUUCGGUGACGGCGCCGCUCGCCGGGGACUCCGUGCUUUGGCUUUGGAGGAGUUUGGAGCUCUCAUCGUUGGUUUUGUGGAUUUKYUUCAAUUUUGGAUCUUAAAUUUUUCAGAAAUAUUUUAAAAAAUUUUAAUUUUUAACUCACAUCCUUGGUUUUUAUUCCUGGCUUCAGCACCGGUCGAUCUCAGUGUUUGUGGCGCUGCAGUUUGGAGUUUGAGCCUCGCUCAAUUCAAGAGUUUGGAGAUUCAAAUUUCGAGAUUUUCAAGAUUCAAUUCCCAAAAAUCUCAAGAUUCAGUUUUCAACAUUUUCAAGAUUCCAUUCCCAAUAUUUCCAAGCUUCAAAUUCCAAGAUUCUCCCGAUUCAAUUCCCAAGAUUUUCCAGAUUCCAAUUUCGAGAUUCUCGCGAUUUAAUUUUCCGCAUUUUCCAGCUCCAAUUGGCACUCGGUGCUUUGGGUUUGGAGGAGUUUGGAGCUCUCAUCGUUGGUUUGGUGGAUUUUCUUCAAUUUUAGAUCUCAAAUUCUUCACAAAUAUUUUAAAAUUUUGAUUUUGAAUUCACAUUUUUGGUUUAUUUUCCCGGGUUCAGCACCGGUUGAUCUCGGGGUUUGUGGCGCUGCAGUUUGGAGUUUGAGCCUCGCUCAAUUCAAGAGUUUGGAGAUUCAAAUUUUGAGAAUUUGGAGAUUCAAUUUUCAAGAUUUUUGAAAUUCUAUUUUCCAGAUUUUUGAGAUGCAAUUUUCCAGGUUUUCCAGAUUUCCAAGAUUCAAUUUUGGAGAUUCUCGAGAUCCUCACCGUGAGCAGGAAAAGGAAACGGGAAAUGGGAAAAGGAAAUGGGAAAUGGGAAAAGGAAAUAAAUGGGAAAUAAACAGGAAAUAAAAGGAAAUUGGAAAGAAAUGGGAAAUAAAAGGAAAUGGGAAAUAAUUGGGAAAUGGGAAAGGAAAUGGAAAUAAAUGGGAAAAGGAAAUGGGAAAUAAAUGGGAAAUAAAAGGAAAUUGGAAAUAAAUGGGAAAUGGGAACAGGAAAUGGGAAAAGGAAAUGGGAAAUAAAUGGGAAAUAAAAGGAAAUUGGAAAUAAAUGGGAAAUGGAAAAGGAAAUUGGAAAUAAAUGGGAAAUAGG